AAUGAUCGUCUUAUCUAUUUGGGAUCUUCGCGCUCUGCCCAUCACAGCCAUCUCCUGGUCACGCAGCACUCAGAAAGCCAUGCUUUCUACAACCCCUGACUGUCUUGCGUUCCUCCACUCCCUUCAUGUAACCCUUUUCCCUCCCCUGAGAAACUUGACCUUCAGCUCAUUGAGCGCUAUUCGGAAGACCCGGCCUUGUAAAGCGAGCCUGAUCACCAACUCUGAGUGUUUCGUAGUGGGACGACUCAUCGGGAGCUAUGGCUUCAUGAACGUCACCAGCUAUCCAGCCUUCCCCUCUGGUGCAAUUACUGAAUUUUCACCUGGAGAUUUGGGAGAACUGAAAAUCCAAGAUGUCCGCGAAGGCAGUGUAAAGAUUAAACUUUAUGAAGGUAGAGUUUCUGAGGGUCCCCUUAGAGGAACUUCAGUUGUUUUCAAGGUUUAUCCUGGACAACGAGCUGGUGGAGUUGAGGCUGACAUGAUGGCUGCUAAUGAAUUGAAUGCCCACUUAUUUCUUCAAAGCAGUCCAAAACAUACAAGUCAGCAUCUUUUGACACUUGUAGGAGGGUUUGAAACAAGAACGGGGGAGCAGUGGCUUGCUUUUCGUGAUGAUGGGAAAUAUAGCGUGGCAGACUAUGCAAAAGCUAUGAGUGAAAGGGUAUCAAAAAACCGUUCUUUAAAAGAGGUGUCUUCUUGGAAUUGCUUUGAGCAAGAACAAACAAUGAAGAGAAGGAGAUAUUUUAUUAUGAAGCUGCUUCAGGGUGCUAUGAGAGGUCUAGCUUACAUGCAUGGCCAUGACAGAUUGCACCAAAGUCUAGGACCAUCUUCUGUGGUUCUCAACACAAUUUCUGAAAGAGAGGCUCGUUAUUUGAUUCCAAGACUUCGGGAUCUAGCUUUUUCUGUUGAUAUCAGUUACUCAAAGCUAGAAGACUAUCCUCCAUCACUAGCAAAUGGGCUCUGGAGACGAGCAUCAGCUGCUGGUGCAGUGACACGUCUGGAGAAAAGAGCUUUUGGUAUAGCUGAUGACAUAUAUGAAGCAGGACUUCUUUUUGCAUACUUGGCUUUUGUUCCGUUUUGUGAAGCUGGUAUAAUGGAUAGCAUUUCCUUGCAAAGGCUUCUGGAGAACACUUUUCAACUUGAUGUUGGAGCAACACGGGAGUACUGUCUAGCAGAUAGCCGAUUAGAAAAUGCUGUUGAGUUCCUGGAUCUGGAUAAUGGUGCUGGCUGGGAGUUACUUCAGGCAAUGCUUAAUCCUGAUUUCCGGAAACGACCUAUUGCAGAAGCAGUUCUCAAUCAUCGGUUCGUGACUGGUUCAGUUCUGUGAUUUUGAAGAUCAAAGUUGGGAUGCGUUGUUGAGGAUUUGUGAAAAAUCUAGUGCGUGGCUUGUCAUUCACUAGUCUCUUGUAAAUAUUAUCGCCAUUUGUAAUAAAAAUAUUAGUUUAUAAAUACAUAUACCCAUGGUAUUGUGUAAUUUACCUUUAAACUAUAGGUUUAUUGGUGUUUGAGACUUAA